AUGGAAAAGCUCACCCACAUUGAAAAUGCUAUUCAAAACAAUGAAGUCAGCAAGAGCAACAGGACUAGAAUAACCAGCUGGUCCAAGAGAGAUGAACAUUUGGCUUCUGCUGAAAUCUCUUUACUUGGGAUCAUUUUCAUUGCAGCCACAGUUGGAAAUGUUCUCUUGAUUUUAGUUUUGUGGAACAGAAGAAAGAAGCUGUCUCGGAUGCACGUGUUUAUGCUUCACUUAAGCCUGGCCGAUAUAGUUGUGGCUUUUUUUCAAGUCCUCCCUCAGUUGAUUUGGGACAUUACAGAUGUUUUCAUUGGACCUGAUCCUCUAUGCCGGAUUAUUAAGUAUUUACAACUAGUUGGGAUGUUUGCCUCUACAUACAUGAUCGUUGUGAUGACCAUGGACAGGUUUCAAGCAAUAUGUUACCCCAUAGUGACAUUUCAGAAGAAACGAUCUCUGUGGAACUCUGCCAUCUGCACAAGCUGGUCAAUGUCUCUCAUUUUCAGUGUUCCCCAGGCUUUUAUUUUUUCCAAAACAGAAAUCGCUCCAGGCAUCUUUGAAUGCUGGGCUCAGUUCAUCGAGCCCUGGGGCUUAGUGGCAUAUGUGACCUGGAUUUCUAUAGCUAUAUUUUUUAUUCCAGUUACUAUACUUAGUAUAUGUCAGAUUAAAAUCUGCUGGGAGAUCAAAAUGAAUGUUAACAUGAAAAAGCACAAGGGGUUUCUAGCUCAUGAUUCACAGACAAGAAAAGUAUCCAGAGCAAGUAGUGUUAACUGUAUCUCAAAAGCCAUGGUUAAGAAUGUAAGAUUGACUAUAGUCACGGUUCUUUCUUAUGUUAUAUGUUGGACACCAUUCUUCACUGCUCAGAUGUGGGCUGCAUGGACUGCUGAUAUUCCAGACGGUCCCUUAUUCACAAUUAUAAUGCUUCUGGGAAACCUGAACAGCUGUAUCAACCCCUGGAUAUACAUGUAUUUCUGUGGUGACCUUCUGCAUGGCAUUAAACAGUUAAAGCACAACACUACAUAUAUUUCGAAUCAGCAGAAAUGUCAAGUCUCAGGAAGUACGGAGUGUGGACAAAGACUUUGUGAAGCACCAGUAACCUCUGUAUAAGUGCCUCCCUCAUAUAAGAAAUGUUUAACUUGGUGUAGUACUUGGCUUCUGUAUUAGUAACUGUGUGGCUGUGACCUCUGGUGUGGUGUGAAUAUAACUAAUGCUUAGGCACGUGAUAAUCAUCACCUCUUACAGCGACCCUGUUUCCCGGGAGUCAUACACAAUAGAAUCUUAUCAUAAAUUCCUACUGUGUAAUGAACAUUCAUAUAGAUUUCAAUCUGUCAUUGGCAGAUACAUUAUAUAUCAAUCUUAUCUGUUACCUCUACAUUUUUCUGCACUACGAAAUCCAUAUUAAUCUUCACUUACAAAGAUUUUUGAAUUUUGGGGACCAAAGAUAGAUAUUUAAGUAUUGAAAGCAGAAAAAAUCUUCAGCUGAAGGUAGAAGGAUGAAACAUUUCAUUGAACAUAGAAUGAUUUAACAUUCCUUUUUAUUAUCUUCAAUUAAAAAACAAUUAAAAGAGGUUGUGCAGCAUUCUGAAUGUUACAUAUCUUCUUUAUUAUUAACACAGAAUGGGUGUGACCAACAAAUGUGGUAUGAAUAACUAAUGGUAAACACGUCAUGUUUAUCACCUUUUUGUAAUAUGCAUGCAGAACGUGUUCGCCAGGGUGUGAUACGCAAUAGAUUCAUAAAUUCUUAUUAUGAAUGCUUUUACUUUUCACAACUACACAUUUAUAUAGAUUUCAGUCUACAGUAAUAUGCAGCUCCGUAUUCUAUCUAAUCU